CAGAAACGUCGCACAAAGGUCUCCUAUUCCGUUUUACUCAGAUCCAUUUCGAACAGCUCCGCAGCCUCAUUGCAGCUUCCCGACGUCCUUGCACUCGACUCCGGGCCCCUCCUUCUUCUUCACCUCUAUAAUAACCACCACAACCCGGUCACCAUGGCCAAUAAAAUCUUCUGUGCGUUGACAUGCUCGCUGCUCUCUCUAUGUGGCUUCCUAUUCCUGCUAUCGGUGGGUAUCUUGGUGAAGGUACAACCCCAGUACAUGAAGAUCAGCAAGAGCGUUGAAAGCCCCGCGCCAAUCUUCGAAUCUGCCGCGCUGUAUGGGGCCCUCUUCCUGGCAUCUUGGGUAAUCUACUACAAGGAGACAAAGAAGAGCGAGAUCGAGAGCUACGACCUCAGUGGGUCCACAUCUGAAGAGCGACAGAGUCUGCUUGACAAGUAAGUGCUGGGUGUUUGUUAAGGUGGAAUUGGUGGAAAUCUGACUGCUUGGUAUUGCUGUUGCAGACCGAUGGUGAGCUACAGUUGAGGAUUGGGAAGUCUUUUAGUUUUUUGGCUGGUGUUUCAUUAGCCAGAGCUACUACGCAAAAGCGUCGAAAUGUUGUUAAUGUGAAUACAUUGCGAUUUCUCUUGUUGCUGAAUAGGCAAAAAUAAUAUUUUUUUAUUAGAUUACUUAUAAAACAACAGAAAGCUAUUUUUACGCAUAAAACGAU